UUGUCUGUAUAAUUGAGCGAAAUUUUUCCACCUGUUACGAUGUAUCGUUUUGGAAUUGAUCGAUGGAUUUAAAUUAGAAGGAUGAGAGAAAAAUCGUGAACCUUCCGACGAGUGCAAUGAAGGCAAGUGGACGAGCAGACGAGAAGAACGAUGCAGCAGGCUGCUCGGUGCAAUAUGUGGGCCAGACAACAAUAAUUGUUCAACGUUUCCUGGUAUAUUAUACUGCGUGUAAUUGAUACAGAGGAGCCGCCAUUAAUUCUGCUUCUGUUACUGGGCUAUCUUUAGCCGAGGGCUCUCGGAGGGUCCGUCUGUCGAAUAUAAUUUUCCCAGAAAUCUUAUGAAUAUUCUAUAAAGAAGAAAAUGUUACAUAAUCCAUCCAGCGGAACAAUUAAUGAGCUUUUAAAUUAAUUAAAUUUCAAUCGAUCCCGAAGCGUAAUUAAUUAGACGAAUCGAAUUAACAGUAAUUCAUAUCGCUGUAAUGAUUCAUGGAACUAAUUUCUCCCCGAGUGGAAUCGAUCAGUUCAAUUCCGCUUUUCCAAUGUCGAUCGAUCGGGGGGAUUCGAAGGCACGGUAAAGGAUUGCAACGUAGACACACACGUAACCCUUUCACUUGGCGGAGAACGUGGCUACCCUUACCACAAAUAUAUCGAUUCUUAAUAGAAGGUAUAUCAAGGUCACGUUAUCCUGACGAAGGUCAAUCUCCAUUCGCCGCGGAAUGCAGCGCAGCCCUUUCAUUUAUGUUAAUAGGAUUCACGUGCAGGCUACCAUUAAAAACAGCCUGGUCCGCCUUUCCUCGAAGACCUAAAUAUUUCAAAUUUCUUCUCAUCGGUGCAUUAUGCGAGUGUUCCAUGAAAUUUUCGUACAAAGCGCAUCGGUAGACGAUACGCAAGAUUGGUAAUUUUAGUUUUAUUCGACGCGAGUCAAAUUUUCCACCCGAUACAGGGAGUUUCAAAAUUAAUAUUCUCAAAUUUUUGAAACCUUUGAAAAUUAUGGAAUUUAAUUAAUUUUUAUGGUUCGAGGUCCGGACCAUAAAUCGCCUAUAGAUGCGCAAGGUUGCUAAUUUCAGUUUUAUUCGAUGCGAAUCAAAUUUGAAACGUUUGAAAGUUUCGGAAUUUAAUUAAUUUUUAUAAUUCGAGGUCCAGACCAUAAAUCGCCUAUAGAUGCGCAAGGUUGCUAAUUUCAUUUUUAUUCGAUGCGAAUCAAAUUUUCCACCCGAUACAGACAGUUUCAAAAUUAAUUUGAAACGUUUGAAAGUUUCGGAAUUUAAUUAAUUUUUAUGGUUCGAGAUUCGGAUCAUCAAUCGUCUAUCGAUGAGCAAGGUUGCUAAUUUCAUUUUUAUUCGACGCGAAUCAAAUUUUCCACCCGAUACAGACAGUUUCAAAAUUAAUUUGAAACGUUUGAAAGUUUCAGAAUUUAAUUAAUUUUUAUGGUUCGAGGUUCGGACUAUCAACCAGCUCUUAAUGUGCAAGGUUGCUAAUUUCAUUUUUAUUCAACGCGAAUCAAAUUUUUCAUCCGAUACAGAGAGUUUCAAAAUUAAUAUUUUAAAAUUUUGAAACGUUUGAAAGUUACAGAAUUUAAUUAAUUUUUAUAAUUCGAGGUUCGGACCAUCAAUCGUCUAUCGACGAGUAAGGUUGCUAAUUUCAUUUUUAUUCAACGCGAAUCAAAUUUUCCACUCGAUACAUGGAGUUUCAAAAUUAAUUUUCUCAAAUUAUUGAAACGUUUGAAAAUUACAGAAUUUAAUUAAUUUUUAUGGUUCGAUGUUCGGACUAGGAUCCAGUGUUCCGUUCCUCGGUCUAUAGAAGAUUCUGAGGACGGUGUGUUCGCAUAACGGUACCGUCGGUUUCUCGCACGUCGUGUCGCGCCGCGCCGCGUCGCGACGCAUACCUGCCGGUGAAUCGAACCGGCCAACGCGGUGUGUCGACGUGUAUAUACGCGUUCUGUGUUACGUCGACGCAUGUUGCCGGCGUUACGUGCACACCGGGAUGCAUUUCGCCGCGGCGAAACGAGUUGAAUGCCAAUCGGCACGCGAACCAUCCUGUUCGAUAUGGAAAGAUCGCAAAAAAAAAAGAAAAAAAAAAAGUAGUAACACCGGCUUCAUCAAGUUAUACGGCGUUUUAUAUCGAAUAUUUUGACUCGUUCGAGCGUGUACCGUCGUUUGUCUUCAUCGAACCAUAAUUCUUCUCCCCGCAUUGUUUCCCUCGAUAAUCUAAGAUCACCUUCGCGAGAUUAAUUUAAUAAACCGUCUCGCGUAUAAUUCCCUCGACCGUUAUCGCGGCUAAUUGAAACAAUUCACAGGGACGAAGGAUGCCUGAGAGCAGCGAUCGUUCGAUCGACCGAAAGAAGUGGGAGGAGAUAUUCGUUCGUUCGAUUAAAGUGUAAAAUAGUUCCCUAUUCAUCGAGAGUGAAGAUGCAUUUUCAUCGUAACCGAUAAAGAUCCUUCGCUAACAAUGCGUCGUUUAGAUGGAAAUCGAGUUUCAAUUUUAAUUAAUUUACACUUGUUAAAAGAUGAAGAUUGCGUAACGGAUGGAAAACAAAGUCGAAUUUCCAGUGGAAACGGAGGCGGUUACCGGGAUCGCGGUUGUUGCGGUUUUGAAAAAUAAGGACGAUAUCGUUGAUCGGCGGAGUCGAACGAAAUUGAAUUCCACGAUGCUACCAUCGGAAGUAAUUUGAUCGCAGCUAGGAAGUUGCUCUUUCCUCGACUGCACUUUCUAUCGGCCACUUUCAUCGCUCUUCCUCCACGCCUCUCGCCUUUCCAUUCGGCAUCAAAAGCUGAUUUGCUGAAAGAAAAGACCCGUGAUUACACCGCGGGUAAACUCGAAAAACCGAGGCGCCGCGAUGCGCGGGUAAAGGACGCUGUUACGCGACGCGUUGCGAUCACCGUUACGACGCGCGCGUCGCUUUCACUCGAAUUCUCUCUCGCUUUUUUCAUUUUUUCUUCGCGCCAAGUUUCUGUACCUACGUCGUAACGUACGUGUACGACCCGGGACUAUCCGUUAAACAUGCGGCGGUAGGAUAUAUACGGGAGGCAAGAAGAGAGUCGUAGGCAGCGGCGUUGGUAAAAACGAGCGGGGCUCCGGCACCCAUUGAGGGGGGGGGGGGCUGGGCAGGAUUCGGGGCGGCGAGUAGCCGGCAGGAGCGAUCGGAGCAGCUGCCAGAAUUCGGAUCCCGAUCUGCGGAGGGCCGCGUAAACGCGCGCAUCAGGGACUCAUUGCCUGGUCGGAGAUUCGUCUGGAAGGCAGGAAGGAAGGUAAAGGUUAGGCAGAAAAGCGAGAAGGACGAUUUGGGGGAGAGGGGGGAUGAGAUGGAACGGGUAGGCCGCGUGUGGAACCAGCGGUCUGGCCAGUUGAUUACGAUGCCGAAACGAGUGGCGGGCCAUCUCUGCAACCAGUUUCGGACAGUGUGCUGGAUGGUAGGAAAGGUCUGCGUAUAGACCGUACUGGACGAGGAAGGUGAAGGAAAAGAGAGGCGCAAGAAGAGACGGGAGGAGGCGACACGGCCGAGCUUAAGUUUCGGUUUCGUUCGUUUCGCGCCUGCUCCGCGCGUCGAACGGGAGCCGAGAGUGAGCGCCGGACCCGAGUACGAGAAAGACCGAGGCUGACGGUGCGACGAGGAAGGUCGACGCGACGCGACUAGAACGAGACGACUUACCCGGGUAAAGAUAGAGAGAGAGAGAGAGAGGGAGAGAGAGAAAAAAGAGUGGAACAGAGUUGGGUAAAGGGUAAAGAAGAAGCGAGAAGGAAAUGCGUGUACCAGCGGUGGUAGAGGAGGUCGCAGAGGACAGGAACGGAGCGUGGUAAGAGAGAGACGGAGCUAGAUGUAACCGGUGGAUGAAGAGAGAACCGUAGCUGCCGAGGCGAACAGACUUCACCGGCGCUCUGCUCCCAAUAACGACUCUCGCCCUCGGUCAGUCGCGCGCGAACCGCGGAGCCGCGAGCAUCUUUCCGUUUCUCUCUCGCUCAGCUCGUAAGGAUUGCUGUGUUUCGAGUCGCGUGCACGUGUGCGAGAACAGGGGAGCGAUCGAGCGAGGGAGCAAGUGGAAAACCCGCGAGUCUCGUUCCGACGCCUCGAAGAAGGUAGUGGUGGGAUAUCGGAGCGCGCGACAGGUGAACCGAUUUAUCGCGAUCGGAUCGAUUUUCCUCAUCUUCGGAUUUGUCAGUUACUCGAGGAGGACGUGUCUGUGCUCGCGACAAGCGUACACGAUGGAAGUUGAGUAACCUUCGGGGAUACUCGAUCGGACUCGAAGCGAAGAUCAUCGGUAUAGGUUUGUUGGUCCGUUGGCAAGGGUAUCGUGGAAGCCGUGGAUAGGCUGGGCGAUUCGUUUCUUUUUUUUUUUCGGGGUUAUCUCAUGGUGGUAUUGUCGCGGUAUCGACGUGGUAAUCGCGUCGCGAGUGGUGCUCCCUGCAUCCGGAGAUACAUGCAGCUGGUGACCGAGUGAGAGAAGAGCGGAAAGCGGUCAAGUGACAAGCAGCAACGAACGCGUGGUAUAUAAAAGUGCGAACUGGUGGAGCGAGGAAGCGAGCGAGUUACACCGGGCGAGUGCGAGGCUGCCAGUGGCGCGCGGACCAAGAAGAAGACCACGACGACCACGACGACGACGACGGCGACGACGACGACGGGGAAGAAGAGGAAGAAGAAGAGGCAGCGUACAGUCACGCACACCCGUAAAGGAAAACGCUGUUGCUAUUUUCGAGCCCGCCAAAUAUCUUUGGGCACACGGUGCUCUCCUCGCUGCUGUCUACGCUCCUCGCCCUGCUACGAUCUUUCUUCGGGCCCGCGAGUACACGUUCCUACGAAGCGCAACGAUUCUGCGCCGAUGACGCAUGGCCCUGACCAAACUGGGAGACAGAAAGAGACAGUGCAAGGGAAAGAGCGGACAGGACGCGGCAGAGGAAGCGAGACGGGACGACGUAUGACAGGUUGACCGUUCGAAUGCAAACCGUUUGAGCGGUCGCGAGGAUCCUCUCACGAGGAAGAAUCCUGGGUAGAGGGUGCGAAAGGGUGAACGAAGAGAAAGAGAACAAGACGGAGAAGGAAGGUAUAAGAAUCGAAGGAUAUAAUGGCAGGUGAAGACACCCAAAUCCUGGCGAACGGAAACGUCGAGGCAUUGACGAUAAUCCCGCCGAAAAUGGCGAACGGAAACGGAUUGAUCUGCGGCAAACAGCACAACAACAACGGCUCGAUACCAAACGGGAAGUUGCACGAGAUCAGCGGAGUGGAAAACGGCAAGUUGAUAAUGUCCGACGAGAAAUCGAGCAGCCUUCAUACGGAAUUCGACGACGCGGAUGUGUCCUGCGGAUGGGGACCCUGCAGACCCCACUGGCUUCAGUAUUUCGCCACGAAACAGGCGUUUUUGGUCACCUUCUGCAUCACUUGGGUGCUCCAGGGUAUGUACUACACGUACUUCGUGUCGGUGAUCACGACGAUCGAGAAGCUGUUCCAGAUUCAGUCGAAGACCACCGGUAUCAUAAUGUCAGCGACAGAGAUCGGUCAGAUCGGUUCCUCUCUCCUGCUUACGUACUACGGAGGCCAAGGUCACCGGCCUAAGUGGAUCGCUUGGGGCAUGAUCCUGUUCGCGGUGAGCUCGUUCACCUGCUCGAUGCCCCAUUUCAUCUUCGGCGAACAGCUGAUCCAUCAGAACAGCUCCGACCCGAUGCCUGCACAUUUUUGCAGCUUGCAGGAUCGUUUCGAGAACAGCACGUUCGAUAGCUUGAACUCGUCCACGACAACGUCACACGUAAACACGAUGCACAAUUGCGAGGGUGACUCGUUGACCGAGCAGAGGAUACAAAGCAAGAUAACCACCGUCGUUUUGGCUAUAUUUUUCGUCUCUUUGUUGGGGGUUGGAAUGGGUCAAACAGCGGUCUACACCCUGGGCAUUCCUUAUAUCGACGACAACGUGGCUAACAGAGAAAGCCCGCUUUAUUUUGCGAUCACCAUCGGUGUGAGGAUCCUUGGUCCAGCGUUAGGGUUCAUCCUGGGGUCAUUGUGUACGAUGAUUUACGCGGAUUUGUCGGUGAAUCCGCAGAUCACGCCGACGGAUCCGAGAUGGGUUGGAGCGUGGUGGCUUGGUUUGGUGCUAAUAUCCGCCAUGCUGAUGCUGGUUAGCAUAGGGAUGUUCGCGUUCCCUACUCGGCUGCCCGCUAGCAGAACGCCGCCGAAACGAGCGGAUUCGAAAAAGCCUAGUCUCCGAGACUUCCCUAAAGCGGUGAAGAGGCUGUUGAAGAACGACAUUCUUAUGUUCCGGACGGCCAGCAGCGUGCUGCACAUCCUACCGAUCGCCGGCCUCUACACCUUCCUGCCAAAGUACCUUGAGAGCCAAUUUCGCUUGCCAGCUCAUCAUGCGAACAUGAUCUCAGGUGUCGGCGGUAUUUUAGUAAUGGGCCUGGGUAUUAUAAUUAGCGGAGUGUUUAUCCUGAGGGCGAAGCCUAACGCCAGGUUCGUCGCGGCCUGGAUCGCCUUCACUGCGGUUGUUUAUGCGAUCGGUAUGGGUGUACUGAUGUUCAUCGGUUGCCCGAUGGACGAUUUCGCUGGUCUCGUUUCGCAUUCCGAUGGAUUGUCCAGUUUCGAACCGACCUGCGAUGCUAGCUGCGAUUGCGUUCGCAAUAAAUUCAGUCCAAUUUGCGGUGCCGAUGGGAAAACUUAUUUUUCUGCCUGUCACGCAGGCUGCUUUAAUUAUACCGUGGUAGAUGGCAAGGUUGCAUCGUUUUACAACUGCCAGUGCAUCGGGACGAACGUAACGACGCCGGAAAUAUUGAGCACCGCGACGAUCGGUUACUGCGAGCUCGAGUGCAGCAACUUUUGGGUUUACAUGGUCCUGUUCUCGGUGUUCGUAUUCAUCCAUUCUACCAGCGAGGUGGGCUCCAUGCUGCUGAUUCUACGCUGCGUCGAUCCACGGGACAAGGCUAUGGCUUUGGGUCUCAUACAAUUCGCCAUAGGCCUGUUUGGUAACGUCCCGUGUCCUAUCGUUUAUGGUGCUGUGGUGGACUCGGCCUGUCUCGUAUGGGAAUACGCUUGCGGCGAGCGAGGUGCUUGCUGGCUUUACGACUCAAAUGUCUUCAGAAUGUUCUAUCACGGGACAACGGGUGGAAUCCUGGUGCUGGCGUUCGUGGUGGACAUAGUGGUCUGGUACAAGGCUGGCAGCAUCAGUUUCGUAGAGGAACAGGAAGCGGAGGAGGGUACCGUGGAGGAGAUGACCACGUUGAAGUCGCAGGACGCGCAGGCGGUGGACAACGACUAUUUGUGAAAGGAAGUCCCGGUCGACUUCGAUGGGUAUCGUAUGAACCAGGCCUGAAUGUUAGCGUCGAUGAACCGGGACGAAGCGUGACGGUGGCGUUCCUAACUGUUCCGAGCUCGUUGCCAAUCGCGAAGCCAGAAGGUAUAGAGCGGGUCUUCGGGCCGUCUUAGAACUCGGUUUUAAUCGUUCGACGAGGAUACACGCUCGGGGGACCGUCGACGUCGAUCCGAAAACGAACGGCACUGGUGCUCGUGUCAAUCGCCUUUCGCAACUCGACGACAGAAUCCUGGACGAAACGGAAUAAACCUGUUGCAAGGUGCUGGGCCACGGGAAUGCAUGCCCGUAGUUUCCGAAGAGACUGUGCUGGGGCUCGGAACGUGUGCAUCGAAGGAAGAAACAGAGAGGAAAGGGCAAUUUUUAUGAUCGACCUUUACUUUGAGCUUAUUUUUCGUCGGAAGAUUCAACUGGGAUUAAUCAAGGAUACCUUAAGGAGUGGAUUUUUCCAGGUAGAAAGGGGAUGAUCAAUGACAGUGUUAUUCAAUUUGAAACACUCGAAGUUGGCUGGAAGGUACACAAUUUUUAAGAGGAAGUGUCGAUCACUCCAUUUCCAUCAAUCAUUGCGAAUUAGCCCUGUCAGCUGACGAAGACGGAGAAAGGUGUGAGAAGUGCAUGCUUUGUUAGUUCAUCCAAAUUAGGCUUCUAUUUUGAAGAGGAGAAACACAAGGUAAUUUCUUGCAUAAACGAUCUGGGGUGGGAAAAAGAAAUAAUCUCGAGGCAAAUGCACCGUUCCCUCGGCGUUCGAGGUUCUCGGAUCUCGGCUGAGCUUCUCUUAGGCACUACCGUCCGUGUUUCACUCUGCAAAUACACCUAGAACGUAGGCAAACUGUACGUACAAGCGAUUUACGAUGUAUGCGUGUGUAGAUCGGUAACAUCUCGUUGUUCGAAUGGGGAUUCGUGGAGAGAGAGAAUCAGAGAACGAAUGAGUAAUUAUGGAGAUACAUAGGACAUAUUUUUAGACGAUUUGACGAUGAAACCGGGGAGUAGGUGAACAAGAGGUGUAACGUUAAUUAAUUAAAUACAGGUAAGAGGGGAAACGACGAGAGGGAUAGAAAUGAUGUAAACGCGAGAGUUGUAUUUUAAUACAAUACAUUUUACACACGCUUUGAAGACACUCGGUCGUCUCAUGCUUUUAGUGCUUUCUGCGUUCAUCAUUUUCCGGUUGAAUGGCUAAUCUGAUUGCUGAUUAACUCUUUGGAGACAGAAUAAAUUUACUGAUUUUUCUCAGAUAUUGCUCAAAGAUAUUCUCAAGGGAAACAUUGAAUUCUGAGUUUUCUUCAAGAAUCAAAUUUUACUUUGAAAUUAAUUUUCAAAGAUCUGCAAAGGGUUAAUUAAACAGGUAUUCAGAGCGGAAGGGAAGUAGAGGAAACGCGUACUAUUAAUCGCUGUAAUGUUAAAAUUAUUCGAUUCAGGGGCAUUACGUUUGCGUAUCUUUCGAAAAGUCUUUGGCUGAAAUUGUUGCCCGCCAAUUCGAAGAUGAUUCUUCUAAUAAAAGAAAAUGAAUUUCAACUCUAUGUUCGAAACACAGCUGUCCGGUUUUAUCGAUCUCGUCGAGGACAAUUUAAAGCGAGGAAACGGGAAAUAUAUUUUUCGAGAGCUUUAUGUUUGAACGUGGUUAUAUAUUUCUCCGUCGAUCCCAGAAACCGGAGAGCUGCUCCUAAAAAUCGAGCGUGAUGAGAAUUUUUCGCAAGCGACAGAUCGAAGAAACGGCGACGCGUUUCCAUUUUACAUUUACUUGAAAGUUACCAUUUAAUAGGAACGAUUCUCGUGUGGUAAUUUGAAAUUAGACCCGGUUUAAUAAUUAAUCCCUUCGAUCCAUUCGAUUGAAUCUAAAUUCGUUUCUCGUGCUCUAAAUUUUCUUUUAAUUAAUGCUCUUCUUAUUCGAAAUUUCCUAUUAUAGUCGCCUGAAAAUUUGUACAGGGUUGUUCAAAAAAAUGUCCCCAAUUAGGCAGAAAACACAUCAGUCGAUUACUUUUCCAAAAUUCUAAGCAGAAAAUGAAGGAAAGUAAGGAGAUUAUAUUCAGAUUACCAGACGAUCUACCGUCACUCCAGAAAUAAUGAGAAAAAUUCUAAAAUCUAUAUAGAGUUAUCCAAAUUGAGUGACACAUCUUCAAAUUGAAAUAAAACGCAAAGUAUUUGAUUUUUGUAUGGUUACUUUAUUUCAAUACAAAGUCUAUUUUAUGACAUUAAUUAUGA